UCCUCAUCCAUGGUGCAUGUAUAAAUAGGAUCCUCCCCCGUCGACUCUGCACGCCUUAUCAUCACACAAACCCAUACACACACAGACGCACAGUCAGCUUUGCGAUUACGGCCCAAGCCUCCAAGGGACGAAGAGGAGGAAGUGCUCAAAUUGAGCCUCUAGUGAGCUGCUUACCCAUGGCGCUGGGAGACGACUCGCCGGCCUCCUACAUCCGCAUGGUGCACCACCUGAUCGAGAAGUGCAUGACGUUCGGUAUGAGCAUGGAGGAGUGCAUGGAGGCGCUCUCCAAGCGCGCCGACGUGCAGCCCGUCGUCACCUCCACGGUGUGGAAGGAGCUGGAGAAGGAGAACAGGGACUUCUUCGACAGGUACAAGCAGCUGAGAGCGGAGAGGGACGGCCGAAGCAGCAGCAACAGCAGCUCCUAGUUAGUUAGCUCUACAGUACAGGAGAUGCGCGCUGCUCUUCUGCUUAAUUAGAUGUUAGAGAAGAAAUAAUAGUGAAGGGACGGAGAGGUCAGCAGCCUAUCUGAUUCUGAUCUAUGUAUGGUGGUGCAUGUACAGAGUCAGGAUGGCAGGAACUAGGCCAUCUUCUACCAUGGGUCCAUGGCGUUUAUAU